UGAAAUUUACCAAUAAUUAUGCCUUUCUAAGAUGAAAUUCCUGGCAAGUUUGACCGAGGUGGUCAUGUAAUCGUUUUCCAACGCUCUGUCUGCCAUUUGGCCCAAUUAUAUUAAAAUGGACGCCGAAGAAUGCAGUUCUUGUGUUGAUCCAUCCACUAUCCCAAGUUCCAUCAAGCAUUAGACCAACUCAAAACGCAUCCCACGGGCUCAUUGUCAUUUCCAAGAUGCCAUCAUACGCCGUAGUAGGUGCUUCGCGAGGUCUCGGGUACGGUCUCCUGAAGCAAUUAUCUGCCGACCCGGACAAUGUCGUGUUUGGUGUUGUUCGCGGCGUCGAGGCUUUUCGAGAGAAGAUAUCCAAGGAUGUUCCAUCGCGCAAAAACAUCCACGCGGUCUAUGGGGAUCUCGCUGACCUCGCAUCCCUGAGGGCCGCCGCUGAUGCUGUCUCAGCCGUAACUGGUGGCAGUCUCGAUGUCCUCAUUGCAAAUGCUGCUUUCAUCGCGGCCGACUUUGAUGUCAUAGUUAAGCCAGGGCAAGACUGGGACAUAUUCGAUAAGACCACGCUGGAUUCCUUCAAAAUCAACGCCCUUGGUAAUAUCCACUUGAUGAGCGUGUUCACGCCGCUAAUCCAGAAGGGCCACCUGAAAAAGAUCGUCGCCAUCUCGUCCGGCAUGGGAGACAUCAACUUUACCGUCGAGGCGAAUGUUCGUUUCCAAGCUCCAUACUCCAUCUCCAAGGCGGCACUAAACAUGGCCAUUGCAAAAUUCCACGUCCAGUACCGCAAGGAGGGGAUACUGUUCAUGGGAAUUUCGCCCGGCGUGGUUGAUACAGGCGUCUAUGACCACUUCGACGUAACGGAUCCCCACGUACAGGCAGGGUCGCAGGAGAUGAUGACGACCAUGAAAAACUACGCUCCGCAUUGGGAAGGGCCGAUCUCGCCAGAGGAGUCUGCAAGCAAAGUGCUUGAAGUUGUGGAUAAUGCAACAAUCGAGGCAAAUGGCGGCCUGAUGGUGUCGCACCUUGGAACAAAGCGUUGGCUUUAGCUGGAAUUGCUACCGGACUCGUCAAACCGUGUCAGAUAGAGCUUAGAGAG